GUUUUCGCGACAGUUGCUUUCGAAGCAAGAAAUAGAUAACAUCAUUGAAUUUAUUUCAAAGCUUUGAAAGUGUGUAGUGAUCAAAGUGAUAGGUGAAUAUUGUUGUGUGAUAGUGACAAUGAGUGAUAGUGAAAAUGUUUUCACGAUUGAAGUGAUUGAAGAUAGGAGAAAUGAAUGCGAACAGCAAUGUGUGAUGGCAAAUACAAGUCGGCGGCCAAAAUUAACAGUUCAUACGAGAAGAUACUCGAAAAAAAGAGCAUGCCGCGAAAGAAGGCGGCGGUUAGCCCUUCAGAAUACGGCAAAUUGUAAAGAAAUUUUUGAAGAAACGACGAAUGAAUUGUUUGAAAUUGAAGAAACAAACAAUGCUGAAGAUGGGAUAAAUAUGGAAGGCACAAAUUCAGAAAAUGAGGAAUUGAUGAUACAGAAAGUUGUAACGAACGAGCCUGAAGAACAAUUCUGUCUACCAAGUGGCUUGAGUAUCGUGGACAUGCAGCACAUCUUUGCCGAAUUUCAAAAAAUAGGUGACCAUGCUAAAAACAGGGAAGACUGUGGAAUUAGGCACCUGAAAAUAACCGGCAUGAAACGGUCGGGUCUGAGGACCACCCUCAGUGUAAUAUGCGAUAUGUGCAAAUAUACAGGUGAAAUCCACAGUGAACCUGACGAAAGCAAUCACAUGGAAACAAACCAGUGUGCCGUUGCUGGAACAAUUGUGAAUGGAGGCAGUUAUGCCCAAAUGGAAGAGUUCCUUGCAGCGAUGAACAUACCCUCCAUGUCGAAGAAAGAAUUUAGAAAACAUCACGAUGAAAUAGUGAAAACAUUAAUUGUUGCUGCAGAAGAAGAAAUGGUAACAGCGGCAGAGGAAGAAAAACGCUUGGCCAUUGAAAGAGGCGAUAUUGUUUCCGGAUGUGGAAUCCCUCACAUCCCCGUUGUGGCCGAUGGAAGCUGGAUGAAACGAUCAUACCAGACUGGAACGUACAAUUCCGCGUCUGGAGUCGGCGUUAUAAUUGGAUAUCACACGAAGAAAGUUUUAUUUAUUGGUGUGAGAAACAAGGUGUGCAGGAUUUGUCGAUGUGCUGCGAAAAAGAAAGAAGAGCCACGAAAACACACCUGUUUUAAAAAUUGGAGCGCAAGCCAAGCAUCAACGGCUAUGGAAAGUGACGCUAUAAUCGAAGGCUUCAAGACCAGCGUAGAAAAACGUGUGCUGAUUUAUUCAACACUGAUUGCUGAUGGGGACAGCAGCGUUUAUAAAAAAAUUAUAGAUGCAGAUCCAUAUAAAGCACAGAUUCGUGUAAAAAAAAUUGAAUGCACGAAUCAUUUAUUGCGAAACUUUUGCAGAAAAAUGAAAGAAGUUGUAAAGAUGACAACACCUGGUCCAUUCAGAAGAAUCGUUGAAAGCAGCAUUCGGCGAAUGCGUGCGGACAUAGUAAAAGCCGCAGAGUACAGAUACAGUCAGCAAGUAACAACCGCUGAAAAAAUUAAGAAUUUGUAUGCCGACAUACACAAUGUUCCUAGCCAUGUUUUUGGUGAACACGCAGAUUGUUCAAAACUACAAUACUUCUGCGAUGGAACGAGUAAAAAAGAUGAAAAGAACAUUGUUCCCGAAUUGAUGAAGAUGGGAGUGUACGAACAAAUCAAAGAAAUACUUCGACCUCUGUUGGCGCAUGCUGAGAGUUUGCUGUAUAACAGCAACAAUAAUGCCGUCGAAAGUUUCAACGGAAUCAUCGCAAAAUAUACAGGAGGAAAAAGAUUGAAUUUCGGCGAGAGGGGAUCUUACACGGGAAGAUGUGCUGCUGCUGUCCUACAAUAUAACACAAAACAAGUGUUGUCGCGUCUGAAUACGGCGAUGAACAAGGAACCGCCCGUUAUUUUACGCAAAAUAGAAAAUAGAAGGAAGAAAGAAAAUGAGAAAUACAGUGAAAAGAGAAAGGAAAAAAAAUUACAAAGCACGUGCGGAAACAAUUCCGUUCUGAAAAGGAUUCCAAUUACGGACCAAAUGCUGAAAAGCCGGAUAUGGCUAACAAUAUUUAUGAAUUAGAGCAAAAAAAACAUAUGGAUAUGUUACAGAUUUGGCAAAAUAGAAGAGAUACCAUUGAAGAAGAAACCAUCGGUCAAGCGAAAAAUCCUAGAUGGUUGAAUUACAAAUCUAAAUUAUUGACGGCCUCAAAUUUCGGACGAAUAUGCCGUCGUCGAAUUGGCACGCUCUGUGGAAAUUCAGUGAAGUCGUUAGUGUAUCCACGACUGAUUAGUGCACCUGCAGUACAAUAUGGACAGGAAUGCGAAAAAUUCGCACGUGAACAACUAAGUGUGUGCAUUGGUGUUGAAAUUAAAGAAUGUGGAUUAUUUAUUGAUAGUGCCAUCCCGUUCUUAGGAGCUUCGCCAGAUGGACUUAUAGACGAAGAGGGCAUUGUGAAAAUCAAAUGUCCGAAAACGGCGGAGAAUUUAUUGCCGGAGGAGGCAAUCAAAAGUGUUGCAGUUAUUCGGCGUAUAUUUGCAGACGCAGAAGGAAAUGAAUUGAACAGGAACCACUACUAUUACUACCAAGUACAAGGACAAUUACAUGUCACAGGUAGAAAAUAUUGCUUAAUUUGUAUUUGGACCCGAAAAGGGUUAAAGUACAUUAGAGUCGAUAGAGACGAUAAUUUUUGGCAAAAGAACAUGGAGCCAAAAUUAAUUCAAUUUUAUUUAUUGUGCAUGUUACCCGAAUUAAUAGAUAGCCGGUACAAUAGAGGAAUGCCCAUUCGGGAGCCUCAAUUUAUAACAGAGGAGAGAGCAAGCUUGGAAAAGCGCAAAAGGUCUCUCUCAGAAAGUAGCACGAAUAUUGCUACUGUCCGGCGUCGCACUGCACUGUAAAGUGCAGUAACACUGACUCUGUUGGUGGUUCACAAUUGCAUGAAAUAGCAAUUGUACUCGCGGAUCAUACGAUCUCGCGAGUUGUUCGACGCCGAUAUACACAUUUUAAAAUAGUGACCUUUGAAAAGUCAAAAAAGGUCUUAUGCGGACAGUAAUAAAAAAUACUGUUACUGUCCGGCGUCGCACUGCACUGUAAAGUGUAGUAACACUGACUCUGUUGGUGGUUCACAAUUGCAUGAAAUAGCAAUUGUACUCGCGGAUCAUACGAUCUCGUGAGUUACGCGAUGCCAUACUAUAUUUCUUAAUUUGUUACAGAUUUUCGAAGAAAGGAUUCCCGAGAAGAGGUUUUUUGGAGCGAAGCGAGCGUUGGACUCAAAAUUUAUUUUUUCAGCUGAAACAAUUUUUUUCUUAUUCCCUUCAUGAAAUUAUUAAUGUCCUAUAUCAUCUAUUUCCAUUAACUUUUUCUUUUUUCAAUAUUUAUCUUCAUUCAUCUUCAUUCAUCUUUGCAUGAACAUUUUUGUCGUUGAGAAAUUAAAAACAGCAUUUUCCUCUUCUCGAAAUAAAUUAAAAAAUUAUAUAUAGGUAUAUUCAAGAAAGCAUUACCUAACAGGACAAAUGGACUGCGAAUAUGCUGUUUGAUCACGUAUAAUCGGCAAGUAUAAUCUUACAUAAUUAAUAUUACGUUAUCUAUACAUAAAUUGCUUUCUUCACAGAUGGACGAGGAAGAAGAAGAAGAAAAGAAAGAGGAUAGAAGAAACAGGAGAAAGAGGUCUAAGGAACGAAGUCGGAUAAAAGGGAAGAGAAAGGAGAAUCCGAGGCCGUCAACGUCGCAAAUUAAAAAAAUUCGAUACCAUAGCCAUGACUGGGAUGGCUGUCAUGGUAAUCGACGAUGCAGACGUCGCGGAGAAAGAAGAGGCAGAAGCGAGCAGUGGGCGGCAGGCGACGGGCGGCCGUCUAAUUAUUAUUUAUAUACCUAUAUUGAUAAUAUUUAAAUGAAUAAAUUGUAUAUAUAGAUCAAUUUA